CUUCACGCUUCGCCAGUCCAGCUUAAGCUUCAACAUGACUACUCUGAAAGACCGCCAGAAUUUCGUCCGCAACGUCAAGCUCUCCAUCCCGCCUCCGCCCUCGACUGCUGCUGCAGAGGACGACACGGCUGCAGUCGUCGGCAGCUCCGUGAUCUUGUUCGUCGGCAACUUGUCCGAGCAGCAGAGAUCCGAUGUAAUCAACUCGUCGCUCUUCGCGCAGUUGGCGGCGAGCGCGCAGUACGACCGGUUCAAGGAGGAUCAGGUCGCAAAGUGGUACGGAGUUUACAGAAACACGCUCGAGAACAUCGGCUGGAUUGUGGAGAGCUUCAGCUUCAUCGAUAUCGACAAUGCAAAUAGAUAUGGCUCGGUCGACAAGGCGAUUAUCUCGAUCAUGGAGGCGUUCCUCACUCCGACGCUUGUCGAGACGUUCAAGGCGAUGAUCUAUGCUUUCAAGCGUCCUGACAUGGAGGAAGCAUACACGCUGUUCAAGUCGAAGUCCUGGAAGGACACCACAGCCGACUUCCAGACCGGCGUGUGUGUCGGCGAUAGUGGCUCGAACGUGAAGUGGCGCUUUGGGGCCUACCGCUACCAGGCGUCCGGAUUUGACGGUGAUGUGCUCUUCUUCCGCUUCGGUGCCGACCCGGUUCCGUUCCGAUGCAACACGCAGGACAUGGUGCUGAACGAAGCAAUAUAUGCGACUUUGAGGGAUGCCAUCAUCGACAAGCUUGGCGACCGUGCGGAGGACAAUGUCAGGAUCAUUCCUCUCAAUCAACUCACUCGCAAGUGAUCUUCCAGAAUUUCUGGCUUCGCGCGUUUCUCUUGUCGCUGUACAAUGUGUAGCAACGUGGUUUCGCCUGUGUAACCGAUUCCGUACAAGUGUCAUGGAGAUGGAUUUGGAAAUUGAACUUAAUUCGCAUAAA